AUAUAGCUGCAGAUAUUUAGCUGCCUAGGACACAGAUAUAGGAUGGUGCUGAGGAGGAACCUGUUAUGCCAACCCCUAGACUGGACAUUGCACUAGGCUUUCAUGUGAAUGCUAUUAUUGCACAUGUAAUUCACUACCAUGUAUGUAUGUGCAGUAAUGAAUGUGUUAAGGAUGGAUGGGUUGGCUAGGGUGUCUAGGUGGCCUGGCCUACCACUGUUUUGAAUGUUUCAUUGUUGUAAUAAAAGUUUUUCUUUUCUUUUUAGAUUAUGGAAAUUAUAUUUCCCUCACUGUUUUUCUUCCAUUUAAGAAAGAAAAGAAUGGAAAAAGUCGAUAAGCCUUUUAAUAAUGGAAAGCAAGUUAAAAGGCGCAAAUGCCAGAAGAUAAAAAUGUUUCGUGACCGAGUGACGCUGGUGGACCUAACGGACACUGAGAUUAAGGAUCGAUACAGGCUAAACACUGUGGAGAUUCUAUCGCUGUAUGAUGUGCUGAAAGUGAAUUUGUGCAAGCCAACUAAAAGAUCUCACGCCAUCCCUGGCCUUGUACGUUUGCUGUUGGCAUUAAAUUUUUUUGCAAAAGGUGACUUUCAAAGUUGCAUAGCAGUGAUUGGCGGUGUGUCUCAAAGCUCUUGCAGCCGCUCAUUGGAUGAAGUUUUGAAAGCAAUUAUGUUAGUUUAUAAAUCGUAUGUCUACUUUCCUUCUGACAGCAGUUAUUUGAAUACAGUUAAAGGAAAAUUUUAUGAGAUUGGCGGAUUUCCUAACAUUGUGGGAAUUAUAGUUUGUACACACAUUACACUAUGCCCACCUGCUGACCUGGAGCACAUUUACAGAAAUCGGAAGAGCUCCCACAGCAUUAAUGUCCAGCUUGUGUGUUCCUUUAAUCUAAAAUUUGUGGAUAUAGUUGCUAAAUUCCCAGGCUCUUCUCACGAUUCGUAUAUCUUGUCAAAUUCAUCUUUGUCUGAACGUUUUCAACAGGGCGAAUUCAAAGAUUCGUGGCUAUUAGGAGAUUGUGGAUAUCCGUUAAAAACUUGGCUGAUGACGCCAGUGUGGCGGCCUAAGAAUGCAAAAGAAAAAAACUACAACCGAGUCCAUGCUACAACAAGAUGUAUAAUUGAAAGAGCAUUUGGAAUCUUAAAGAGCAAAUUCCGUUGUUUGGACAUCACUGGGGGGUCACUACUGUACUCGCCUGAAAAGGUGUGCUACAUUGUUGUAGCGUGUGUUGUUUUACAUAAUAUCAUUAUACAAAGGGUCCAAAAUGAUGUAUGUGAAAUCCAACCAGCAUGUGAAGAAAACACUGACCUUCAAAUGCAUGUUGACCAGAAUGAAGCAAUUAUCACAAGGAACGAUUUGAUUCAACGAUUUUUUUGAUUGAUUCACUUGACUUUGGGAGGUUACAUUUUUUUUUGUAAAACUUGUUUAUAUUCUUAUUGUUGAUAUCUUGUUAAAUGUAUUCAUAUGAAAAGCUUACAAAACAAUCUUAAAAGGGUGGUUCUCCUUUACAGUAAAUUUACUUAUGUUAUAGAAAGGCUAAUUGAAAGGAACUUUUCAAUUGUUUUUCAUUAUUUAAUUUAAUUUAGAGUUAUAUGUCAUUUAUAUGCCAUUUUCUUCUAACUCUUCUUUUGACAGCAUUCCAAUGGGCGUCACUGUCCCCCUUCUAAAA